AUGGGCGAAGCACCACGAUCAUGGCUCGAAGACCGCUGCAUCGACGACCUUCGACCAAUGCGGGUCGUGGUAAUUGGAGCUGGCAUUUCCGGUAUCCUAGCGUCGAUCCGUCUUCCACAGCGAAUCCCCCAUCUCUCUCUUCAGAUCUAUGAGAAGAACGCGGAUAUUGGCGGGACGUGGUUCGAGAACCGGUAUCCGGGAUGUGCUUGCGAUAUUCCCGCACACACUUAUCAAGCGACAUUUGAGCCGAAUCAUGAAUGGAGCCAGUUCUAUGCGACGGCCCAGGAAAUCCACCAGUAUUGGCGAAAGGUGGCGGCGAAAUACGACAGUAUGAAAUAUAUCAAGCUUAAUCACAAGAUCAUUGCUGCCACGUGGAAUCCCGAACAGAGUAAAUGGGUGGUUCAGGUUGAAAACGUGGAAACCGGAGAGCACUUUGAAGACGUGUGCGAUGUCGUGGUGUCGGCCACGGGUGCUUUAAAUGCCUGGAAAUGGCCACAAAUUCCGGGCUUGCUUGAUUUCAAAGGGGAUUUAUUACACAGCGCCCAAUGGGAUCCGAAGUUCGAUUGGACUGAUAAGAGACUAGCAGUCAUCGGCAACGGAUCAAGUGGGAUCCAGAUAGUCCCGGCUGUGUUGGCCAAAUCGGCCCAUAUUGAUCAUUAUAUCCGUGGCCGGACGUGGCUGUCUCCUACAUUCGCGCGAGAGAAGGUUGAUCAGAUGGGCAAGGGGCUGGAUAAUUUUUCAUUCUCCCCUGAAGACAUCAAACGAUUUAAGGAAGACCCGGAUUUCUAUGAGAAGUUCCGAAAAGAUAUCGAGCUUGAACUGCAAUCCGUCCAUGCGGUCACCAUUAAAGGGUCCCCCGAGCAGCUGGGGGCGCUUGAAGUGUUCACCGAAAACAUGAAGCGCAGACUCGCAGGGAAACCUGACUUGGCUGAUUCCUUGAUGCCGUCGUUUCCUCCCGUCUGUCGCCGAUUGACGCCAGGACCUGGGUACCUGGAGGCCCUUACCGAUCCGAAAGUGGACGUGAUCACGACGGGGAUCCGCGAAGUGGUGCACGAUGGAAUCAUCACCACCGAUGGCCAUCAUCACCCAGUCGACGCCAUCAUCUGCGCGACAGGAUUCGACACUUCAUUCUGCCCCCGUUUCCCCGUCAUCAACAAAAAUGGGCUGAGUCUCGCAGAGAAGUGGAAACAAGUGCCGUCGACGUACCUCUCAUUGGCGACGGACGAUUUUCCCAAUUAUUUCUUCUCCCUGGGGCCGAAUUCGGCCUUGGGCAGUGGCAAUUUGUUGUUGUUGAUCGAGAAGGUCAUCGACUACAUCACUUUCUGUGUGGGCAAAAUGCAGAGAGAGAAUAUCCGGAGCAUGGCGCCUCGAGUAGACGCCGUUAAGGGGUUUGUUGAAUACUGCGAUCAGUACUUCCAGACCACGGUGUUCAGCCUCGACUGCCGCAGCUGGUAUAAGGGUGGGACUUCGGAUGGCAGAGUAAGCGCUCUGUGGCCGGGAUCGUCCUUGCAUUCAAUGAAGGCUUUGGCCCAUCCUAGGUGGGAAGACUUUGUGUAUGAAUAUGUCAAUGAUAACCCGAUGGGCUGGAUUGGGAAUGGCUGGACGGUGGAAGAGAAAACGAAGCAGGUCAGGGUGGAUUAUUUGAACCGCGACCAGAUCGACUUUCCGCCCGUGCCGACGGAGAAUGAAGGAGGUAAAGAGAAGUAA